GAGAGCAGAACGUUAGAGAUUGAACUAACAGAUUCUGCAGAACAUUAGGGUCAUGGACCAGAGGCCACAGAUACCUCAUCUCACCUGAAUUCAUCAGACUCUUCUUUUUCUCAAUAUUCUUUCAGUAACAUUAAAAAACUGCUUGAUCACAGACAAACUGAUUGAUUAUUCUGGUUUCCAUAGAAACACUCUGGCCAACAGCUGUGGAACAGGGAUCCGCUCUUCCACCAACGAUCCGAGUCGGAAACCUCUGGACAACCGAGUGUUGAACACAGUCAAAUUGUACUGUCAGAACUUUGCUCCCAACUUCAAGGAAAGUGAGAUGAACGUCAUUGCAGCUGACAUGUGCACGAACGCCCGCAGAGUUCGUAAACGCUGGCUCCCAAAGAUCCAGUCUCUCCUCCCUGAUGGCCUCCCAUCCUCAGCAUCCUCCCACCCCCGUAAGGGGAAGAGGGGAGGAGGAGAUCGGCCCAAUGGAAGCCCCUUCGAGUUGGACCUGCGGCAGCUCAGCGCCUCCUACCUGGGCCUGGAGGCUCCGCUGUACGUGGAACGCCGUGAGAAGGAGCUGGUGGGAGAGAAGGAGAAGGAGGCCCACCUGCCUCACCUGCAGUUUGCCGGGUCACGUGGAGGAGAAGGAGGGCGGGAGGAGGAAGGUCUGAUGGAAGGAGAGGGAGACGGUGAGGGGAGGUCGCAGACUGAACAACCCCAAGACCUCGCCCACUCCCUGCCCUCCUCCCUCUCCUCCUCCUCUUCCUCCUCCUCUUCACACCCGUCCCCUCACCCUGCAGAACCGGCCUCCUCUCACAGGGGAUUGGCUGACACAGAUAUGAGGGGGGAGGAGCCUUCUGAAGACAGCCAAUAAGCUUUUUAAUGCAUCUGCCUACCUGUCUGUAAAUAAAACAAUAGCUACCUGGCUCCUCCUCCCUGUCCUCCUCCCUGUCCCCCUCCCUG